AUGGCCCCUUCCAGAGCCCCGACCGUGGCCGUCAGCCGAUGGAGCCGUUGCCUCCGACGCAAUUUCACCACCUCCUCCCUUCGAAGCGGUGACGCGUCUCGCCCUCCGACCGCACCCAAACCGGUCCCGGACGUCAAGUUCAUCCGAGAUAAUGCGGAGCUCUUCUCGCGGAAUUGCAUCGAUCGCAACUACGCGGCACACGCCGAGUACCCCUACCGAAUCCUGCAACUGUCCAAGGAGGCGAGACAGCUGGUCGAGGAGCUCAAAAAGCCCCGGAAUGAGAUCAAGAAGGUGGAGAGGUCGAUAGCGCAGGUGGCCGCGCAGGGCGGGCAAUCGCCAGAGAACAAGGAACAGCUCGAGACGCUCCGUCAGGAGGCGCAGCGAUUGAAGAGUGAGACCGAAGCAAAGACGUUGCGGAAAGCGCAGAUUGAUGAAGAAAUCCAGCGGCUGGCUCUGGCUUUGCCCAACCUCUCCUCCCCGGAGACGCCCAUCGGCGAGGAACCGCGGCUCGUUCGAUACAUCAAUUUCGAUCCAGAAAAUCCUCCAUCGUGGGCCAACCAGCCUGACCCGAGUCGUUCUCACGUCUCCAUCGGUGCCUCUCUCGGCCUCAUCGACUUCACCAGCUCCGCGACAUCGACCGGGUGGGGAUGGUAUUUUCUGACAAAUGAAGGGGCCUUGCUGGAGCAUGCUCUUGUCCAGUAUGCAAUGAGUGUUGCCCUCCGCCGCGGCUGGAAGGCCGUCUCUCCCCCUUCGCUCGUCUAUUCGUAUAUUGCGGAGGCAUGCGGGUUCCAACCGCGGGACCGGAACGACGAACAGCAGAUCUGGUCCAUUGAGCAGACCGAGAAGGAAAAGGCCAAGCCGCAGCGUUCGCUGGCCGGGACUGCGGAGAUUCCACUGGCGGCCAUGUACGCUGGACGGGAUAUUGAUGUGUCCGAGUUGCCGAUCAAGCUGGUGGGCGCCAGCCGGUGCUACCGCGCUGAGGCGGGAGCUCGGGGCGUUGACACCAAGGGGCUCUAUCGGGUGCACGAGUUCACCAAGGUAGAACUGUUCGGAUGGGCGGACAAUAUCCGGACAAAUUCUGAUGCCACUCCUGCUUCUGUGACUUCCAAUCCGAUGACGGAUGAUCUUUUCAACAACCUGCUGGACACUCAGACGGAGAUCCUGGGUUCUCUCGGUCUGCCGUGCCGCGUGUUGGAGAUGCCGACGACGGAUCUGGGAGCGAGCGCGGCCCGUAAGCGCGACAUCGAGGUUCUGUUCCCUUCCCGGAUACGACUGUCGUCUGAAUUCAAGCCCGAUCUCGAGACGGGUUGGGGAGAGGUAACCUCAGCGUCGAUCUGCACGGACUAUCAGAGCCGGCGAUUGGGAACGCGGGUUCGGGGAGGCGAGGAGAAGAACUCGCGGUACCCUCACACGGUGAACGGGACGGCAAUGGCGGUUCCUCGGGUGCUGGCUGCCAUAUUAGAGAACGGCUGGGACGAGAAGAGGGGGGUUGUGGUGGUGCCAGAGGUGCUGAGGAAAUGGAUGGGGGGGUUGGAGGUGAUUGAGAGACGACAGUCAUAG